ACCGCUCUCAGUCAGUGGAUUGAAGCUUAUAUAUGUAAACGCAGCAGACAGUUCCUCUCCCCCGUCUUUCACCUUCUUCUUCUUCCUCUUCUUCUUCUUCAUUUAUCCAUGGAUCCCAACUCUCUGCUCUCCUCCUCGCUGUAAAUGAUCUAACCUACUCUUGCCUUUCAGCUAAGAAGAACAAACAAGGAAAAGGAAGAAAAGAAGGAAACCAACACCCACCCCCCCCCCCCCCAAACAAGGAAAAAAAAAAGGACCCGAGCGAUCAUUUGUGACAUGGAGAAGGUGGUCUCGGAGCCAUGGCGACCCGACCCGGUGUUGUUCCGCCCGCCGGAGACCCCACUUGAGCCCAUGGAGUUCCUGUCCCGCUCGUGGAGCGUGUCGGCGCUUGAGAUCUCCAAGGCCCUGGCACCGCCUCAAAUGCUGCUCUCCAAGCCCCCUUCCAGCGGCCCGCUUGCUGCCGCCGCCAUACCGGAGGACCUAGCCGGCGAGCUCGAGGACGGGGCCUCCUGCUCCGGCAACCCGUUCUCCUUCGCCUCCUCGGAGACCUCCCAGAUGAUCAUAGAGCGCAUCAUGUCACAGUCGCAGGAGGUAUCCCCACGCACUUCAGGCAGGCUCUCCCACAGCAGUGGUCCUCUCAAUGGCUCCUUAACCGACAGCCCACCUGUCUCCCCCUCCGAGAUCGAUGAUGCCAAGCAUUGCCGGUCAAACAACUCCUUCAACGUCCGGUCCUCCGCCUCUGUCCCCGGAGGGAACUCUUCCUUGACGACCCUGGGCAGCGGUAGCAGCAAGACCGUGGGGCGGUGGCUCAAGGACCGGAGGGAGAAGAAGAAAGAGGAAGCCCGUGCCCAGAAUGCUCAGCUCCAUGCUGCCAUUUCCGUCGCAGGGGUGGCUGCUGCGGUGGCCGCCAUCGCUGCUGCCACCGCCGCAUCCUCUGGGACGGGCAAGGACGAACAGAGGGCCAAGACCGACAUGGCGGUGGCCUCUGCCGCCACCCUCGUGGCCGCCCAGUGCGUUGAAGCGGCCGAAGCCAUGGGGGCCGAGCGGGAGCACCUCGCCUCCAUUGUCAGCUCCGCUGUGAAUGUCCGAUCCGCUGGUGAUAUCAUGACCUUAACUGCAGCUGCUGCUACAGCUCUACGCGGGGCAGCCACAUUAAAGGCGAGGGCAUUGAAGGAAGUGUGGAACAUUGCUUCCGUAAUUCCGGUGGAUAAAGGGGUCGGUGGGAGCGGUAACGGCAACAACGGUAGUUCUAAUAGCAGUAAUAGCGACGAGCUCGUACCGGAAGAAAAUUUCCUAGGAAUCUGCAGCAGGGAACUACUCGCUAGGGGUAGCGAGCUUCUCAAGCGCACCCGUAAAGGUGAUCUACACUGGAAGAUAGUAUCUGUUUACAUCAAUAGGAUGAAUCAGGUGAUGCUGAAGAUGAAGAGCAAGCAUGUUGCUGGGACCAUCACAAAGAAGAAAAAAAAUGUGGUCUUGGAGGUGAUAAAGGACAUGCCCGCCUGGCCGGGCCGGCACCUGCUGGAGGGCGGGGAGAACCGGAGAUACUUCGGGCUCAAGACGGUGAUGCGGGGACUGAUAGAGUUUGAGUGCACGAGCCAGAGGGAGUACGAUAUGUGGACUCAGGGCGUCUCGAAGCUUCUUGCUAUCUCCGCCGAGAGAAGUACUAGACAUAGGGUGUGAAUUCAGAUGUGGAUCGGAACAAGCGGAAACCGGGGGGCGUGACCCUUUUGAGUUUAUGACUAUAUAUGUUUACAAAUGUUUUGGUACUUAGAGGAGGGGGUGAAUUACGGGCAAAAAAGACGAGAAAUAGUCAAAUGGUGUCCGAUGGGAGAAUGUGUUUUGGGGAUUGUGGCUUUUUCGGUUCAUGAAGUGGGCAGUUGAGAUCAAAUGUCAAAAAGCAAGGGAGAUGGAAGAUUAGGGUAUGUGACUGUUUUAGGUAUAUAUGUUUUUUUAAGGUGAAAAAUCAUUAAUGGUCAGAAAGAGAGGGGAAUCAUAUCUGAUAUUCUAAGAUUUGGUUGGGGCUUUUUUUUUUUCAAUUUUUAAUCUUUAUUAAUUAUAUGUAUUGCUACUGUAAAAAGGGGGUGAGCAAUCAUGGAUAAUUUUUCAAAUUGUGGUUCUCCUUUUUUUUUUCCCCC